CCUCCAGCAGCCGGUAGUUUACCACUUCUGCCCCUCCGGCGAGCCCCGGCUAGUUCCUCCCCUCCCGCGCCCAUGGCCUCUCCCGGCGUGACGCCUCCGCCGUCGACGUCGCCUCCCCCGCCCCCUCCGCCUCGCCCGCCUCCCCCACCGCCGCCGCCUGCCGGGAGCCCCAACCACAGCCAGAGCCACCCACCGGCGGCGAUCUCGUCGCCGCUGCUGCAGCAGCCCGACGCGGACGCGCCGCCGCUCUCGCGGUGGCUGCGCCGCCUGGAGGCGUUCCUCUCGGCGGCGGGGCUGGCGGCGUCGACCCGCCUCGGCGUGGCCGCCGCGGCCUCCGCGCUCGCCGUGCUGGGCCUCGCGCUGCCCGCCGCGGCCGUCGCGCUCUCCCCGUGCCGCGGCCGCCGCCUCGCCUGCGACGACUUCGAGGUCGAGGCGUUCGAGGUCUGCGUGCUGCUCUCCCAGGCCGCCGCCGGGGCCGUCGCGCUCGCCUGCGUGUCCAGGAAGAUGGCCAUGUACGGCAUCCGCAAGUUCCUCUUCGUCGACCCGGAGCUCGGGAUGAGGAUCCGGUUCCAGAAGGAGUACGUCGCCAAAAUCCAGGACUUUUUCCGCACACUUACCUGGUGGAUAUUGCCAUGCUUUGUUGUGAAGGUUACUCGAGAAUUCUUCCUUUUUUCCCACAUCGUCCAGGAGUCGGUCUGGGGAGCAUGUGUUGUAUUUUUUGCUUCCAUCAUGUCAUGGAUGUAUUUGACAACAAUAUUACUGUCAUCCUGUAUGCUCUUCAACCUGGUUUGCAAUCUGCAAGUUAUCCACUUUGACGACUAUGGAAAACUUCUAGAGCAAGAUGCGGAUCCUUUGGUCUAUUUGAAAGAGCACCUGCAGCUCCGCCAUAACCUCUCCAAGAUCAGUCACAGGUUUCGCAUGUUCCUCUUACUGCUCUUCCUUUCUGUUACAGCAAGCCAGUUUGCCAUUCUUUUCAAGACAACAGCCUACAAUGGUCCGAUCAAUUUCACCAAUGGAGGUGACAUAGCUGUUUCUUCAGUUGUUCAAGUUGUUGGUCUCGUCCUCUGUUUACACGCUGCUGCUAAGAUCUCCCACAGAGCUCAAAACAUCUCUUCAAUAGCUAGUCGAUGGCACGCACUAGCAACAUGCUCUACUGAUUCUAAUUAUGUGACCACCCCAAAUGGUUCUGGGAACCUUGUGCCCUUUCCUGCACAUCUGUUUCUGAGGGAUUAUUCAGAAAGUGAUCUGGAGUCCCUGGAGACUGCCUCCCUACAUGGCAAUUCUGCUGGCACAGCGCAGUUGGCUUCGUACAUGUCUUCAUACCACAAGAGAGAAUCACUUGUGCUGUACCUUCUAGCGAAUCCAGGCGGCAUCACAAUAUUUGGCUGGAUCGUUGACCGGACAUUCCUAAACACCAUCCUGAUGCUCGAGUUAACUCUUGUGCUCUUUGUGCUUAGCAAGACCGUUGUGGUCCCAGGCAAAACACUCAUGCACAGUUACAUCGGGUUCCCAUGACUACAACUACAACACCAUCGCAGUGCACGGAUUCAAACAUUCAGGGUCAGUUAAAAGGCCAUGAUUUUGAUGAUGACACGUUGCCAGGGCUUGCACGCCAGAGUGGGAGAAAAUGGUAGCAAUGGUGGCAAAUUUGGUUUCUCUCAAGGCGCAGAUCAUAUGCACAUUAUGCCACUCCAGGCAUUUGGGAUCAAUGGGCUCCAAGGCUGGCUGAUGCAAAGGAUAUGCCGUGUACAGUUUUGGGCGGGUUAAGUGGUUUGAGGCAUCUAUUCUUUUUUUUUUGCUGUGUAUAUACGAAAUGUAUAUGCUACUAUAAACCACUAGACAAAAUAUUUUUUAUCGGCCUCUUUUGUCAAUCAUGGAGUGCAUUAUGUAAGUGUAUAUAUACAUUUCUAACAAGCUAGAUGAGCCAUGAUGCCAUUUUGGCUCUCUUUACGACA